AUGCUGCACGCGUUGAGAGAUGUAGACAAACUGAUUGUAGAGAAAAUUCACUACAGCAUCAUCGAGAUUACUGGACGGUGUGUAGACUCUUUUACUCCAAUCAGUUUGGCUAUAUCUCUCAAUUCAUGCAACAUUUGGCGGAGCACAACUCAUUGGCACUGUGUCCUGCGGGAACUGAGUGAAACUAGUCAUCACAUCGAGCCAAUCAGAGCGUGGGAUUACAAGUACUCAAGAUUUUUUUUAACCCGGAGCUACCCGAGACUGACUGGAACUUGUCCUGUCACCCGACUGGUGAACUGUCGUUACCCUGUGGUCGAACUCUUCUGA